AGCCAGAAGAAUGGACACCUAUUCUAAAUGCGUUGAGUGUCGACACAAGCCUGCACGUGAUUGCCAUUCGAAGUCGAGUUACGGGGUGCUAUUUCCACCACGAAGUAAAUAACGAAGAAAAACUACGUCGAAUGAAGAAAAGAAUUAGAUGGUCUUCCUCUGUCAAUGGAAUAUUUAGAAAUACUACUGUCGAGUUUAAGAGCAAACAAAACUGUUAAAAUACUCUCACUGAAGCAUUGUCCCAUUAACGAUGGAGGAUGCCAGUUAGUUUGCACCAAUGUACGUUUAAUGCCUAGCAUUAGCGUUAUUAACCUGAGCUCGUGCAACUUGGGCGCAUCGAGCGGUCAGUAUAUUGCCAAAGUGAUAAAUCAUCAACAGCUGAACAGGUACUCCGAAAGCUGGCACAAUUCCUUGAGAUACGAAGAACCUGAAAACAACGCCAUGGGAGGAAUAAAGCGCAUUACAUUGAACAACAACCCAAACCUUGGGGAUGAAGGUACGAUUCCGAUUUUGGACGCCUUGGACGACGAUUUGUGGAUCAAAGCAAUUGACAUACAGAAUUGCGGUGUUACAGAAAAUUUAUCAACGCGAAUCAUACAUUUAGUAACGCACAGUAAUUCUUUGGAGGUGGCUGACUUUAGGAAUAACGAGGGCAUAACGUCGGGCUCAAUAGAACGCAUAUUUGAAGUAUUGCAACGAAGGUAUAAAGCGGAGCGUGAGCCCGAGUUCCUUUGGCUCGACGGCAGUUCUUCAUUACACGAUGGCAGUACGUAUGGUUCCCGCAGUACUUUAGUAGGAGCCAGCGGUUCCAUUCAGAAAACCAGAUCAGCACCAUUGAGGAAUUUCAAUUCGUCUGAUUUUGGAAUCCAAGGUCAAUACCGAAGAACAAACACCUUGUCAACUGUGGAACGUAGAUCGCGUUUCGGUAAGUUUAUGAGCCAAAAUAGCAGUAAAGAGCUCGUAGAUGUAAAAAGACAACUGAUGGAGUUGCAAACCUUAUUAAGUCAAGAAACAUCAAAACGCAUCGAAACGGAGAAGAUUAACAACGAGCUGCAGAAGCAAAUAGUUGGCAUCCGACAGCUGGGAAGUCUUCAUAGAGAUCGAUUUUUAACUCCUGAGAAAAUCGCAAAAGUUGUACGCGUUAUAGAAGACCUCAACCGUAACGGUACCACAAAUCCCCAAGUCAAAUGUGUUCCAGUGAAAAUCCUUCCCCAAUCCGCACCCAAACCAGCUCAAUAUCCCAAACCACCAGAAAAACCAAAAAAUUUAGUUAUAAACUUACGAUCUCAAUCCUCUAUGCAAAAUUUAGCAAACCGUAAACCGACACCUAACCGAUUAAAGUCCAAAAAUAUCCCAAGUGUAAUGUCGCCAAUACUUGAAGUAUCUACACCGUCAAAGCCAAUUGAGAAAUUAAGCGCCGCACAGAUUUUCGAACGGAUGAUCUUAAAACAAGACUACGACAGCUACAUUUUGCAAGAGAAAAAUCGGGAAGCUACCUUGGAAUACUGUUGCGAUAUUCAGGAAGUUAAGGAAGUAAAAUUAAGCGCGAAUGACGAUAAUUUAUCAUCGGGAAGCGACAGUUCGUUGGACAUGCUAUACCGCGAAAUGGACCAGGUUGAUCAAAAUUUCAGCUUAAAUUGCCGGUCAAGGUCAACGUUAAUCAAACGGACUUUUGAUUACGAAGUGCAGCAUUUUCGUACGCCAAUACGUUCGGCUAGUUUAGCGCCAAGCUGAUUAAGAUUUUGUUAAAUUAAUUUAGUAUCACCUUAUUAUAUACAGACUAAAAAGUAAAUAAUAAA